GCAUAAGUUCAUUUAUUCUUCCGGUUUUUUUCUUCUUCUGGUUAUCACAUCAUCCAUCUCCUGAUCUAACGAACAACAACAUUCAAGAUGGUGUUGGUCUUAUUCGAGACCGCUGUAGGCUUUUGCCUUUUCAAAAUGUCAGACAAGGCAAAAGUGGAAUCACCUUCUUUGUGGAAAGAAUUUGACGAUGUUUCUUCGACAAACAAUUUACUCAAAUUGUCCGCUAUUCAUCGUUUCACUAGCACAGUAGAAGCUGUUGAAGCAGCCGCUUCUAUCAACGAAGGGAAGAUGAGCAAAGAUCUCAAAAAAUUCCUAUCAGAAGAAAUCUCUGGUCACAAAUCAAGAAAGAAUGAACAAUUGAUUGUCUCUGAUGCAAAAUUGGGUGGAUCAAUCGCAAAGAAGCUCGGCAUUCAAGUCGUAAGCGACUCUUCCGUGCAAGACCUUUAUCGUGGUAUCCGUACCCACUUGGCCUCACUUCUCUCUGCCGGUGGAUCAGGAAAGGAUGCUGUGGCUGAAGUUGACCCUCGCGAUUUGAACACAAUGAGUCUCGGUCUGUCUCACAGUUUAAGUCGUUACAAGCUCAAAUUCUCCCCCGACAAGGUUGAUACAAUGGUUGUUCAGGCAAUCGGUCUGCUUGACGAUCUCGACAAGGAAGUCAACAUCUACGCCAUGAGAGUUAAAGAAUGGUACGGAUGGCACUUCCCCGAAAUGGGCAAAAUCAUUACAGACAACGUCGCUUACAGCAAGGUGAUCAAAGCUAUGGGUUUCAGAACAAAUGCUCAAAGUACAGACUUUAGCGAGAUUCUACCAGAAGAGAUCGAACAAACCCUCAAAGCUGCUGCAGAGAUUUCCAUGGGUACCGAAAUCAGUGAUACAGAUAUCAACCACAUUUGGAGCUUGUGUGAUCAAGUUAUCUCUCUCACUGCUUACCGUGCUCAACUUUACUCUUACUUGCAAAACCGUAUGGCUGCCAUCGCUCCCAACUUGACAGCUCUUGUUGGUGAAUUGGUUGGCGCUCGUUUGAUCAGCCAUUCCGGUAGCAUCAUGAACUUGGCCAAGCAACCCGCUUCCACGAUCCAAAUCUUGGGUGCUGAAAAAGCUUUAUUCAGAGCUCUUAAACAGAAAGCCGCCACACCAAAAUACGGUCUCAUUUACCAUGCAAGCUUGGUCGGUCAAGCACCUACAAAGAUGAAGGGUAAGAUGGCACGUAUGGUUGCAACAAAGGCCGCUUUGUCUAUUCGUUUGGAUGCCUUGGCCGAUGCUGAUAGCAAAUCAGAUGCCAGUGCACCCACAAUCGGAAUGGAAGCAAGAGCUAAGCUUGAAUCUCGCCUACGUGGUAUGGAACAUCAAUCCACCAUCGGUGGACUUCGUGGAGCUGGUGUUGAUAAUGGAUACAAACAAAAGCCAUUCGAAUACAACCCCGGUGCCUCUAGAAGUUACAACGAUUCAGCAGAUGCUCCUGUCACUGCAACACCUCAAAAGAAGGACGUCGAUGAAGCAUCUGUGGAUGCUAAUGAAUCAGCCGUAUCCGCUGAUGAAUCGACAGCCAGUCUAUCAAAAGAAGAAAGAAAGGCACUUAAGAAAGCCAAAAAGGCAGCCGCUGCAAACGGUGAUGUCAGCACAACCAGCAAUGGCGAUGAAAAAGAACGAAAGAAGGAGAAGAAAGAAAAGAAACGCAAAGAAUCUGAAGCUGAAAGUGACGGAGAGCCAAAGAAAAAGAAAAAGAGACAUUCGGAAGCCUAA